AUGGCUAAAAAGAAGGCACCCUCAAUCCGCUCCCGCGCCGCCCGCCGCACGACGGACAUCGAUAUUGACACCGACAAGUCUCUAAAAGAGGUCAAGCCUCCUCCUCGCGAUACUCCCCAGCGUCCCUCCGUUCUCGCAGCACAGCACUCCGCCGGUGUCACAAAGAAGACCAAGCGCGGUCGUAACCUGUCAACUAGGGCGCGCAAACGCCAAGAGAAGGGCCUCGAGAUGGCCGAGGCUAUCGCAGAGCGCACAAAAACCAAGGUUGAGAAGAGCAAGGGUCGUGGAAAGAAUAUUCAGCAGCGUAGCAAGACCUGGGACGAUAUCAACAAGGCUGCUGAGGAAGAUGAGGAAGUGCAGGAGAGUGAUGAUGAGGAGGUGAAGAAGACCGAGCACAAGUGGGAGAUGGACGAAGAGAUGAACGGAGCCGAUGAGACGCCUACAACGGAUGUCAAGACUGCUCCUGAUGCGGCGCCUCUACCUGCGGAUGAGGAUGGUGAUGAGAUCCUAUAA